GAGAAUUUUUUACUCGACCGAUGCACUGAAAACUAUCGCAACCAAUGACGUACGUCAAAUGGACCGAAGUUACUCCACAGUACCCGAUACACACCCGAGAGAUGGCAAUCGACAAUUUUCCACAACUUUCGACUUUUUUCCAGGAGAAAUUUACGGUAAUGACGUCAUCGAACGCCCAAGUGCUCAGAAAAUUGCCUCGACUGAUCAAGUGAGGCCAUAUAAAGCAAUACCAGGACCGAAAGAGUUACCAUUGAUAGGAAAUUCGUGGCGAUUCGCUCCUUUGAUUGGCCAAUACAAAAUCGAGAAGUUGGAUAAGGUUAUGUGGAGUUUGUAUAAGGAUUACGGUCGGAUUGUAAAAGUUGGAGGGUUAGUUGGUCAUCCGGAUCUUCUGUUCGUAUUCAACGGCGACGACAUCCAGAAAGUAUUCAGAAGAGAAGAGGCUAUGCCUCACAGGCCUUCAAUGCCCUCGCUCCAUUAUUACAAACAAAAACUUAAAAAGAAGUUUUUCAGCGGCAACGAAGGUGUAAUUGGCGUUCAUGGCCCGAAAUGGGAAGCGUUCAGAAAACAAGUGCAACAAAUUGUUUUACCGCCUGCCAUAGCUAAAAAAUACGUGGAACCUCUAGACAUAAUAGCCGGAGAUUUUUUGGCAUUAAUGGAGCAGUCUUUGGACAAAAACCACGAGCUACCCGAAAAUUUCUUAUCCGAAAUCUACAAAUGGGCGUUAGAAUCCGUCGCCAGAGUCUCCCUAAACACCCGCCUUGGCUGUCUAGACCCGAAUCUAAAUAAAAGUUCCGAAUCUCAACGAAUCAUCGACUCCAUUAACACGUUUUUCUGGAACGUUGCCGAAGUUGAACUCAAAAUGCCCAUUUGGAGGAUCUACAAAAACAAGGCAUUUAGAACGUAUAUUGGCGCUUUGGAAGAUUUCAGAACGUUAUGUUUGAAAUACAUUACCAAAACAGUGGAGAGUAUGGAAAAUAAAAACUUUGAUAAUGUCAAAGAAGAAGAUAUUUCAAUUGUGGAACGAAUUUUGAUGAAAUCCAAAAAUCCCAAAUUGGCAGCGGUGCUAGCUUUAGAUUUGUUACUCGUCGGAGUCGACACAACUUCCAUAGCCCUAGCCUCAACGAUCUACCAGCUGAGCCAGAAUCCAGAAAAGCAACAAAUCCUUUUCGAAGAGCUUCGAGCAGCGUUGCCAGGUAUUGAUUCCAAAGUCAACGUGGAGGCUCAAGAGCGAAUGCCAUAUUUGAAGGCUUGCAUCAAGGAAACUUUAAGAAUGUAUCCCGUUAUAAUCGGUAAUGGUAGGAGUUUACAAUCGGACACAGUUUUGGCUGGAUAUCAUGUACCGAAGGGCACUCAUGUCAUUUUCCCUCAUUUGGUUGUAAGCAACGUGGACAAUUAUUUCAAGCAGCCGCAAAAGUUCAUACCAGAAAGAUGGCUGAAAAAUGUGACCGGUUGUCCACACAAUCAGGAAAAAAUUCACCCGUUUGUGUCAUUGCCGUUUGGGUAUGGUAGGCGGUCGUGCUUGGGUAGGAGAUUUGCUGAAACUGAACUGAAUAUUAUGCUGGCAAAGAUUUUCAGAAAAUACAAAAUUGAAUACAACUACGGACCACUCAGCUACAAAAUCACCCCCACCUAUGUGCCGGAGCAGCCGCUUAAAUUCAAGCUCAUUAAACGCGACUUUUAACAAAACUAACUAGUUUAAGUCUUAGUGUAUUUUUCUAAAUCUAAUAUAUUUUUUAUAAUAA